AUGGCGAAAAAAGAUCAAGGACUUGCCAUAGGAAUCGACCUUGGCACAACCUACUCCUGUGUUGCAGUGUGGUGUGAACGUCAUUGUCGAGUGGAUAUCAUUCAUAACGACCAAGGCCAUAACACCACUCCUUCUGUUGUUGCUUUCACAUACCAUGAAAGGUUGAUUGGUAAUGCUGCUAAAAACCAGGCUGCCACCAAUCCACAAAACACCGUCUUUGAUGCCAAGAGAUUGAUAGGUAGAAAAUACAGUGAUCCUGUUGUUCAGAAAGAUAUGAUGUUAUGGCCAUUCAAGGUUGUCGCUGGUGUUAAUGACAAACCUAUGAUCACCCUUAACUAUAAGGGUAAGGAGAAACAAUUUUGUGCUGAGGAAAUUUCGUCCAUGGUCCUGGUGAAGAUGAAAGAGAUUGCAGAGGGCUAUUUGGAAACCAGGGUGAAGAAUGCGGUGGUUACUGUGCCUGCUUAUUUCAAUGACUCUCAGCGUAAGUCUACCAUAGAUGCUGGAACCAUUAAUUUGAGUUCAAAACUUUGCUCAGAAGACAGGAAAAAGAUCAGUUCUGCAAUAAAUAAGGCCACAGAGUUACUUGAUGGUGGUCAGCAGGAGGAGGAAAUAGAUGUGUUUGAGGAUCAUCUGGAAGAGCUUAUUAACCUCUUUGAACGUUUUGGUGGAAAGUCUGGUUAG